AGUGAAAGAAAGUGAAAAAAAAGAAACAGAAAAGUGUCUGUUGCAAAGUUGAAAGGAAAACAUCAAGAAACAAAGAACCAAAUCAACCUAAGAAAUCGUACCAGAAUUUCCCUCAAUCUCUUAUCCAUUUAGCGUAGCGUAACUAUCUAGCAUGAAACUAAAGAAACUUAAGAACGGUUAGGUUCAACAUCUACAAGACUCCUAACCAAAGUCACAAAUCACAUGAAAAAAUGAAGUUGAGCAAGUCGAAAGAAAAUAGAUUAAUUUCUCUCUAGUCUUUUACCUAAAGAAUAUUCGUCUCUAGCUCUCCUGGAUGGGAGCCACUAAGCUGAACCCAGUAUACACCUUAAAAAUGUGAAAUUAAUACCAAAAGCGCUUCAGCUCAAUUACCUAAAUUUCCAAAAAUUAAACCUCAAAAAACGUUGUCUGAAACUCUAAGCAUCGACUACACCCUGUAUAAAUAAACGAAAUUCAGGAAACCACAAAGAAAAACAUCAAAACAUUGAUUUAUCGUAAUGCAAGUGCUACCACUUCCUUCAAAAGUGCAUAAGUGACCCAGAAACAGAUAAAUGUGCAAAACCAGAUCGUUUGCUUCAUGUUUAGUGUGGAAAAAAUGAGUAGCAGAAACGAAGCGGACAAACAGUUGGAAAAGUGGAAAAUACAAAAUGAGGAAAAAAUUGGCUUCGCCACCAACAGCGCCGGAAUACCAAUAGUCAAUGCAAAAACGAGUUUAACGAUUGGAAAAAAUGGGCGAAUUCCGCUGCAAGACUGGCAAUUGAUCGAGCAUCUCAGCCAUUUCAAUAGGGAGAGAAUUCCCGAGAGAGUUGUGCACGCUAAAGGUGCAGGCGCCUUUGGCUACUUUGAAUGCACCAAAGAGCUCAGUGCCUACACGGUGUCCAAAGUGUUUGAAGCAGUGGACAAACGAACUUCAAUUGCAGUGAGGUUUUCCGUUGUUGCCGGCAAUUUGGGUUCAGCUGACACUGUUCGAGAUCCACGCGGUUUCGCAUUGAAAUUCUACACAGAUGAAGGAAUAUGGGACCUGGUUGGAAACAAUACUCCCAUUUUCUUCAUGCGCGAUCCCAUUCUGUUCCCCAUGUUCAUACAUAGUCAGAAGCGGAAUCCGGUCACCAAUUUGAGGGAUUGGGAUGCUUUUUGGGAUUAUAUUUCUCUCACUCCCAUGUCUGUACAUCAGGUGAUGUUUCUAUUUUCGGAUAGAGGAAUUCCGAAAAGUUACCGCCACCAACACGGAUUCGGGUCGCACACCUUCUCACUGAUCAACAAAGACCGGAAGUUGACGUGGUGCAAAUUCAUUUACAAAACCGAUCAAGGAAUAGAAAAUUUGGAUCCUGAAGAAGCAGAAAAGAUUGCAGGCCGAGACCCGGAUUACGCCGUCAGGGAUUUAUACGAAUCAAUCAGUGAAGUCGAUGGCUACAUCAAAAAGUACCCAUCAUGGACGUUCUACGUCCAGCUGAUGACACCGGAACAGGCCAAACUGCAGAAGUUCAACCCCUUCGAUAUUACCAAGGUGUGGCCACACAAAGAGUUUCCACUGAUCGAAGUGGGAAGAUUCGUUCUGAAUCGAAAUGCCAGCAACAAUUUCGCCGAAAUCGAACAACUGGCUUUCAGCCCAAACAACUUGACGCCUGGAGUUGGGGCGUCUCCAGAUCGACUUUUGCAGGGAAGGUUGUUUGCUUACCAGGACGCCCAUCGGUAUCGAUUAGGAGCAAAUUUCCAACAAAUUCCAGUCAAUAAACCCAUUAAUCUUACGAACAACUUCCAACGCGACGGCUUCAUGUGCUCUUUUAACCAAGGAGGAGCACCCAACUAUUAUCCGAACUCCUUCGGAGGACCCAAUUCCGAUCCGUUUGCUGAAAGUUGGACUCCACCUCCAGAGUAUGUUGCGGGCUUUGAAAACUACUAUCCAGAGUUCUACGAGGAGGACAAUUACUCCCAGCCGAGAGCGUUUUGGGAGCAAGUAUUGGAUGAGGGGGCCAAAAACAGAUUGGUACAUAACUUGGCAGGUGCAAUUAAACUGGCAAAUCGCACGAUCCAAGAACGGAUUGUGGAUGUGUUUAACAACGUCAGCGACGAUUUGGGAGUUCGAUUGAAAGAGUUGGUGUUCAAUGAUGCCAAAAUUAUACAAUUCUAACGUGCUUUAGCCGAUUCGACAUACAAUAAAUGCAAAAAUCCACUA